UCGAUAUAUAUACCAAGUUACCAACGCCCUCUUUGUCCGACUUCCAAUUUCCCUACAAUUCUUACCUCACAAAAAAAAAACAAAAAUGAAACCUCAAAUCCACCAUUUUCUCUGUUCCAUCUUUCUCCUCCUCCAACUAUUUUCUGUAAACUCCUGGCGCCCAUGGCCGAACACCAUAACCAACAUUACCAGCCGUACAUCUCAUACUGCUGCUGAUUUAGAAUUCGGAUCCUCCAAAAAGUUUGAAGGAUCUUCCGAAUUUGUGGACCUUAAGUACCACAUGGGUCCGGUAAUGACAUCAAGUAUCACCGUUCAUAUAAUCUGGUAUGGUAAAUGGUUACCGUCUCAGAAACGGAUCAUCCGAGAGUUUAUCAACUCAAUUUCGGAUGAAUCCGUUCCAGCACCUUCUGUUGCCGGAUGGUGGAAAACUGUUCAGCUUUACACUGACCAAACCGGAGCCAACAUUUCUCGGGUUGUUCGAAUCGGGUCGGAGAAGAAUGACCGGUUUUACUCACAUGGUAAAUCUCUUACCCGGCUUUCUGUUCAAUCGGUUAUUAAAUCGUUUAUUACAGCAAGAACAAAACCACUUCCGAUAAACCCUAAAAACGGGAUUUACCUCUUGUUAACGGGUCCUGAUGUUUAUGUCCAGGAUUUCUGUCAACAAGUUUGUGGUUUCCAUUACUUUACCUUCCCUUCAAUUGUAGGGUAUACCUUACCCUACGCUUGGGUAGGUAACAGUGCUAAAUUAUGCCCGGGUGUAUGUGCAUACCCGUUUGCUGUACCCACAUACAUUCCCGGAUUGAAACCCAUGAAAGCUCCGAAUGGAGACAUUGGAGUUGAGGGGAUGAUUAGUGUUAUUGCACAUGAAAUAGCCGAGUUAGCAACCAACCCGCUUGUGAAUGCUUGGUAUGCGGGUCCUGACCCGAUUGCACCAGUUGAGAUUGCGGAUCUUUGUGAAGGUAUUUAUGGUACUGGUGGAGGUGGGUCAUAUACAGGGCAAUUAUCGGAAGGUCACGAUGGUGCCACGUUUAAUAUGAAUGGGAUCCGACGGCGGUUCUUGGUUCAGUGGGUUUGGAACCAUGUAGUGAAUUAUUGUACUGGACCAAAUGCUCUUGACCAGUAGAAAUUUACUACUAAUUGUAGUGGAGUAUGAAUUUUAUUUUAUUUUUUUUUAUUUUGAGAGUUUGUGACUUGUGAUUGUGAGUGUCUAUGAGAGAGUAUGAGUCAUGAGAUGAUAAUUAGAUUGUAGGUUUUAUUUCUAAGAAGCUUGAUAAAAGAAAAGUUUAUUGUUUGUGCCAUGUA